GGCCGUGGGAUAAGGCAAAUCCAUCGCAUGACCCGAUGCAUGUCAACGGCACUGCCAAGAAAUGCAACCUUGCAUGUCAGCGACCGCCGGGAUUAGCAAAGGCUGUUCAGAUUUUGAUAAUUUCUUUCUUCUAUCUCGGUCGAGAAACAUGCCCAUGGGCUUACACGCUGCAGAUCUACGACAGACGGUGUCUUGCUUCAGUAACAAUGCUGAAUGGAGCUGGGAUGGGCUAUUGCCUUACUUUAAAGAGGUUGUCUCAAUUCUCCUUUUCCCGGCAUGAUUGGAUGACACUGAAGGAGAUCUAGGCAUAGAACUUCUAUCCUCCAAGCCCUAAGCUGGUCGAGCAGUUUGAUAUCAAGUACGAUGAAAGCUUAUAGGAUAACACAUUCGGCACGCAUGCUUCGUUCCAAACGUUUCAUUGACCGGCAUUGAGCGAGUUGACUUCUUCGUAACAUGAAUCAAUGCUGAUGCGCGUCUUUCAGAACACGGAGUGGAGGCUUUCGGCGAUACUGAACGGGUUAACUUUCUCCCCGCGAACGGUACAUGCAAAAAGGGGUAUCACUGUUGUCAUUGGGGUCAUCCUUACUCCGCAGCUCAUUCGGCGCAGUGGCGCUAGGCCCGAAAGCCUGUUUGAGGCUGCCGGGAUCGAUGCCAUGGUAGAUCGCCCUGAUAUGAGACAUAAGUUUGAAGACCAUCUUAUGAGCGCCGGCGCCACGUUAAUGUGUAUGGCCGGGGUACGGCCUCAAGUUGCUGGUGUAUGGGAUGAAGGGGCUGAGCGUUGUGGAUGCCAGCAUACAACCUGGCUUGCCUGGUGAUUACACGCAGCAUACUGCCCAUGUCGUUGUUGAAAAGGUGAGUACUUUGGAAAGUUGACGUUGACGCUUAUCGACUCUGCUCUGAAGCUGCAGAAUUGAUUAAAGCCCGGGCCAAUAGUAGGUGUAAGUCGGCAAGGAGACUUUGAAACUACUGAAAUAUGUCAACACAAGCGCAAGGGCCCAGGUAGCCUGAUUUCUGUCCUUUGAAUAGAAAUGUAGACAGUACAAGCCGGCCACGAGGCCUUCCGCCAUACAAAACGAUAAGAGAGAGAGAGAGAGAGAGAAAGGUGCUAAGAGAGCCAAGAUUGUAUCAAACAGGAGAUGCUGGUCUCGGUGAAA